UAGCUAGACCGUGUGCACCCCUUCUGUCCCAGGCUGGCCCAACCUGGAGGCAUUGUGAGUCAUAGCUGGUGAACAGCAGCUUAGUGGUUCAGGGAUGGGGCCAGGCCUGGGAGAGCAGCUUGGCACCUCCGACACAUCCUCCAGUGCCCCUGGCUCGCCUUCAUCAUUCUGGACACAGGGCCUCCAGAGGCAAGGGCGCAGCCCUGGUCGCCCACGUCCUCGAGGCUCGGCACUGGGCACCCACGCGCCCCACAAGGUCCACUCGGUCCUCGCCCUGGAGGCCUUCAGGUGUCUUAGCUCAGGCCACAUCAGCCGCCUGUGGGAGCAGCUGCAGCAGUUCUGGGCCGACCACUUCUCGCAGCGCUUCUCCCCGCGGCGCCCGCCGCUGCGCCGCAUCUCCUCCAUGUCCACCUUCUACUUGCUAGACCACCGGACGCGCCAGGCCGAGCUGGGCCUCAGCUACGGCGCGCCGCGCACUCGCCUGAGCGACGAGGCCUUUGUGUUCCGCGGCGGCCAGUGGACCACCGAGGGGCAGCCGCGGCGGUCGCGACUGCCGCUGCCCUCACCCAGUAACUCGGGCUGGAAGACGCAGGUGCAGGGGGUCAACAGCCAAUUGUUGCUGGAGGAGAACAACUACCUGAAGCUGCAGCAGGAGCUGCUCAUGGACAUGCUGACUGAGACCACAGCGCGCAUGCACCUGCUGGAGAAGAAGCUCGAUUCCCAGGCCAGCCCGGCGUCUGGGGCGCGCUCCUGGCAGAGGAAGAUGCUCAAACGCGAAGGCGCGAACGCAGUGCUCUUGCUCCAGCCGCGCGCUCUGGAGUCGCGGUGACGCAAUAAAGCCCGUGCGGCGCACGCGCAUUUCGCUCCUCGCUGCCGGCCCCGGUGCCUUCGUGGGCAGCCAAGUGGGGUCCGCUCGGGCUCGCGACCUGCGGGUAGGGACCGUCACUUAGUGCGCGUUAGUGGACGGGUGACUCAGCCGGCAGCCCGUCUCGGGAGGGCGCGAUAGGGCCGUGGAGGAAGAUUUCCUGUGCUCUCAAAGAGACUUGGCCAUCCUGGACCUUCAUUUUGUCCUACAGCAGUGGCCUUGAGCUGAAUCGUGGCUGUUACCUCCUGGAUGCCAGAAGAACACCAUCCUCCUCCUCUGGGGGAGACAGAUGCUGUUCCAAGAGCAGGAGGCGGAAACGCUCUAGUGGGAAGCCCGCCCUUUACCAGACAAAGGGCUCAGAGGGAGGAAUCCGUCUCCGCCGCCGACUCCACUAUUCUGCCCCUGCGAGCCACCGGGCCCCCAGAUGCGGAGGGGAAUCAGCCCUAUCACUAUUGGCCUUUUGCCACUAGUGACCUCUACAAUUGGAAAGCUCAGAAUCCUAAGUUUUCCAAGAAACCAACAGGGCUUAUUGAUCUGUUAGACUCUGUUCUUUUUACCCAUCAGCCCACAUGGGGCGAUUGCCAGCAGGUUUUGCAGGUCCUGUUCAUGACUGAGGAAAGAGAAAGAAUCCUCAAUGAGGCCCGAAAACUAGUUCUGGGCGCAGAUGGGAAUCCCGCCACCAACCAGGCUCAGAUAGAUGCCUCCUUCCCCUUAACUCGGCCCCAGUGGAAUUUCAACACGGCAGAAGAGGGCUCCAGAGGGUGCACGAGGACAUUUGGCCGCACCUCCGUGCCAUCUACGAGGCUGGCCCGACCCCGACACCUCAUCAGUACAGGCCGGGAGACUGGGUCUACGUCAAGAGGCACCACUGAGAGACCCUCGAGCCGCACUGGAAGGGACCCUACAUCGUGGUGCUGACAACCCCCACCGCUCUCAAAGUAGACGGCAUCGCGACCUGGGUCCAUCACACCCACGUUCGGCCAGCGGGCCCCUCCACGAUCCAGAAGGACUUCGUCACACGAUGGGCUGUCAAUCGGGACCAACACAACCCGCUCAAGCUCAGGUUACAGCACAUUCGACCCACCUGAUAUUGGUAAUUCUGUUAGCUCUGCUUGUCACUUCUCAUGCUGCCGAGAGUCCCCACGCCCCCCAAAACAUCACCUGGCAGAUCAUAGACACCAGCUCGGGGACAAUACUUAAUCAGACUUCCCAGAGCCACCCCACGGAUACUUGGUUCCCAGAACUUUGCGUAGACCUCCAAACUCUGCUCCCCUUGUCACCAUAUGCCCCCGGAUUCCAUGCGCAGAACCUUUAUUUCUAUGUCUGCCCUGGCCACUCUCGCUCGAGCACAUGUGGGGACGCGGCUGACUACUUUUGCGCAUCCUGGUCAUGUGUCUCGACGGGGCACAUCUGGUGGACCCCACCACGCACCGGAGAUCUCAUUGUGGUAAAGCGGCCCAGUGGCUCCCGACCGCCAUAUGCCUGGGGGCGUGGUAAUCCCAUAGUUAUAUCCUUUACAAGCCAAGGUAAAAAAACAACAGGAUGGGAGAGUGGAAAAACCUGGGGACUCAGGAUAUAUGACUGGGUUAGGCUGGGAGCCAAGGACAAGGGAACGUUAUUUACCCUCCGAAUGCAAGCGACUCCCCUUGCCCAGCAGUCCCCCACAGGGGUAGGACCCAACCAAGUACUAGUUCCCCGACCUGCCCCCACCCGGACAGCCACUCCCAGAAACACCUAGGCCUUGGCCACACAGCCCUCCACAUCCCCUGUCCCUACUGGAGCGUCACCCGCAUCUCCUGCCCCAGGUCACAACUUACUAUCUGAUACAGACCCCUGUGGAGCACAGUUGUUGGAGCAUACCAGGUACUAAACACUUCUAGACCCAACCUGACCAAGUCCUGUUUGCUCUGUCUAGAUGUCCGGCCCCCAUAUUACGAAGGUAUUGCCAUUAAAGGCAAUUAUACAACAGCCUCCAACUCUAGCUCCUGCAGGUGGCAGCAGGCUACUGCAAGACUAAUCCUCCAGGCGGUAACAGGGCAGGGCACUUGCAUAAGCCACAUGCCCCCCGGGCAGUCACAUCUCUAAUGAAACCCUAACAGUCCCCAGGGAGACAGUGUAUCUACUUCCCCCCAGAAAAUGCAUGGUGGGCCUGUUGCAGCGGCCUUGCUCCCUGCGUCCACUCCCAAGUCCUUAACUCCUCGAAAGAAGGCUUCUGCAUACUUGUGUAGUUGAUCCCCAAGCUAGUGUACCAUUCGGGGGAAGAAAUACUUAACAGGUUAGGCUCUACUAACCCCCGAAGUAAGAGAGAGCCUAUUACAACCCUAACUCUGGCUGCGCUCUUGGAACUGGGAUUAGCGGGGGCAGGGACCGGAAUAUCCUCACUCGUCAUCCAGGACAAAAACUACGGAACCCUAAGGGCAGCCAUUGACUUAGACAUAGAAAGAAUUGAGAAAUCAAUUUCUCAUUUACAGGAAUCCCUUACUUCCUUAUCAGAAGUAGUACUCCAAAACAGAAGGGGAUUAGACUUAUUAUUCAUGCAGCAAGGAGGACUAUGUGCAGCCCUAGGGGAAGAAUGUUGCUUCUAUGUUGAUCACUUGGGGGUCGUAAAAGAAUCUAUGGCCCUCAUAAGGGAAGGGCUGCAAAAACAAAAGUUUAGAGAGAGAACAAUCUCAGUCCUGGUACGAGUCUUUGUUCAACUGGUCUCCCUGGUUAGCUACCCUCAUCUUGGCCCUUGCCGGACCCCUCACCAUCCUGCUCCUACUAUUAACCCUCGGACCCUAUAUCAUCAACAGACUGGUCCAGUUUGUCAGGGACUGCAUAGGGGCCAUCCAACUAAUGGUCCUCCAUGCUCAGUGCAAGCCCUAAUAACAGAAGAGGACAAAAUAGAAAUGCAGCCGGUCCCAUGAUUGGGUCCCCAAGCUACAUGACAAGGAGGGAAUGAAAGAGCGGACCUAGGCCGGCCGACUCCAUCUUGUUCUGUGUCCUCCAUCUUGAGUGACUACGUCCCUGACAUGGCUCCCUGUCCCAGAAAACCACAGAAAGAAAUUCCCAUUCAAACCUCAGACCACAUCUCUUCCCUUUGAGUAACUUCCCGCUCACCCAUUCAAACUUCCCGUUCAAACCACACCUGGCAACCUGCGCAACGGGACUCUGACCCUUCCCCAGCCAAUUGGCUAAGGCCACAACCAUUACCCCACCAACUGCCCCUAGAUCCCUAUAAUACCUUUGUGCUUUUGAACCUCACUCUCUCUGGCAUCUCACCGCUGCAUCGGUGCAGGUAGGGGAUUGAGCUCGAGCUAGCUUGAAUAAAGGCUCUUUGCUUUUGCAUCA